AUGUUGAUGUUCUUUUCUCGUCUAGGUCUACUCUCGUGGGAUGUCAGCACUACCAGCUCUGAUCUUAAAGAUCUCGAAGAUGUUUUAAGAAGCACAGAACUAGCUGACAAACCACAGCAUGAGUUAAUUUUUCAACACUCGACGGAGUCUCUUGCUGUAGAAGCUCUUUUCAAUCCAAAGAAAAACACACUCAAACAGUGCCUGAAGAACCUGUUAGUAUCACACACAGGUCACAAACAUUUAAUUCACAGUGGGUAUUCCUAUUCUGGAUCUGGAUCCUGGAUCCUUCAAGAUGGAACUUUUAGUUUUGAUGAAUUUGUUGAUGCCUUCUAUGAUGCCGAUGUUCAACGAGUUUUAAAGAUCUACCCAGGAUACUCAAUUCACUUACACUGCUUUUCUGAUGGUGACUGGACAAACAAGGGAAUCGUAGAGAGUAAUAUAGGUAACUUGGCCAAAAUCUUAAUAAACCCACCCGACACAUCUGCUUCUGUUCCAGGGGCUCCUGCCUUAUUGGAGUUUCUUAAGAAAGUUAUUCCCAGCAGCCCUUUGGAUAAAAUAAUGCAGCCAUCUUCAAUUGUUGGAAAUAUUCGCUUCAAUCGUCCAACUUUAUACGUAUUCCCAGGUGGUGAUGGUGACUGUGCUUUGGUUGGAGUGAGUGGUUUUGUGAUGUUAAUGGAUGGAGGGUUUGAACGUAAACCCUGUUUUUGGGAAUUUCUCCGCCAUAUUGAUAGGAUUGACGCUGUUAUGGCUACGCGUUUCAGUGAAAGUAAUCUAAGUGGAAUUACAUCGUUAAUCAAAAGAAAAACUCUUGGAAAAGUAUGUCCAAAUAUUGGAUAUGUAUUUUCUAAUGUGAUAAAUGGAAAAGAACCUUCUAUCGAUGAAAACGAAAAAGAUAGAGAUGAACUCGUUGUCAACGUUAUCCAAGAAGGGCAUUUAUUUAUUGAAAACCUGAAUACAUUAGAUUUGAAACCUCAUCUGUGCUUUCAAGAAAGCCCAAUAGAACCUUUAAUUUUGUAUCAGAAAGUUGGUCAUGGAACUUUAGAAAUGUAUUUUUUAAAUCCUUCGAAAGAUAGCCGUGAGGUCAAAGAAUUUCUUCAUCAGUGGUCAUCCAGAAAAGACAAUUUCAGCACUCUUAAGGUGAGUUUAAAAUCAGAGGAAAAAAUUCCUGUUCCUCUUUCAGAUCUUACAUCAAUUUGUGCUCUAGUUAUUUGGAAACCAGCAGACCCUAAUGAUACCAUUACUCGAAUGCUUUUUCCAGGAAGUGCUCCUCAGGAAAGAUUAUUUGAAGGCUUAGAGAAGCUAAAUCACUUAGAGUUACUAAAACAGCCAAAAUGUUGUCAAUCCCUUUUAAAAAAAACAGAAAAAUCCAAAUUAGCAAAAGAUACCGAAAAACCUAUUGCAAAAGUUCUUCCUAAACAAGCAAUAAUGACACCUGAAUCACCUACCAAGAAACCAGUGCCAAAAGUUGACCAAACAACACCCGCCAAAAAAGAUGUAUCUCUAACACAGAAACCCACGGAAAGAAAACCUGUUGAACUAGCUAAAGUUUCAUACAAGGAAAUAGAAUCCAAACGUGAAAAAUCUCCAGCAAAGAAACACACGGCAAGAAGACGAGAACCUCGUGCCAUUAUACCAUCAGGUAAAGUAACAGAGAAAGAAAUAGAAAUUAAAAGAAUGGCGGUCUCUCCUAAAUCUCCAGAGAAAAAGGAUAAGGAAACUGUUACUGAUAAAAGUGCAGAAAAGAGAAUAUUACAAAAAAACUCUGAAAUAGAACGCAAAACCAAACGACCAUCAACCCCAACUAAGUCAGUAGCUCAAAAAGAAGGCAAAAGGAGAUCUCCAGCUGCAUCACCAAAGCACAUAUCAAAAACAAGACCGAUUCAACUAAGAGGACAAAAGCCACCACGAAAAGUUGAAAGAGAAGAAAAAGCUACUCCUUCCCCAAAAUCUACAGUUACAUCUAAAAAAGUUAAAGAAACAAGAACAGCAGGCACAAAACAUGAACAAAUUAAACCAUCACCAGUCACUAAAAGAUUAGAAAAGCCACAGCAAAAAGCAUCUGCUCUGAAAGAAAAGUUGAAAAAGGAAGCAGUCCCUGUUGCCAAGGGAGAGGAGGAUACUUCAGAAAGAAUACCAAUCAGUAAGGAAGUAGAAAAAACAGAAAAAAUAAUUAUUACCAAAGAAGAAGCAAAAAGAGCCAAAGAAGUAGAGAAAGCACAGGAAAUAAUACCUGUUCCUGAAGAAGAAAAAGAACCUGAAGAGAGAGAACCAAUUAUCAAGGAAGUAAAAAAAAUAGAAAAAUUAGUAACUGAAGAAGUAGGGAAACCAAAGGAAAAAAUAUCUGUUCCUAAAGAAGAGAAAGAACCUGAGAAAAGGAAACCAACAGUCAAGGAAGUAGAAAAACCAGAAAAACUAGUAGUGGAAGAAGUAGAGAAAGCGGAAAAAACAUUACCUGUUCCUAAAGAAGAAAAAGAAUCUGAGGAAAAAGAACCAAUGAUAAAAGAAGUAGAAAAAAGGGAAAUAUUAGUACUUGCAGGAGUAGAGAAAGCAGAGAAAAAAAUUCCUGUUCCAAAGGAAGAGAAAAAACCUGAGGAGCGAGAAAAAAUGGUCAAGGAGGUAGAAAAACCAGAAAAAUUAAUAACUGAAGAAGUUGAGAAAGCAGAGGAAAAAAUAUGUGUUUCUAAAGAAGAGAAAGAACCAAUGGCCAAGGAAGUAGAAAAAGCAAAAACAUUAAUAACUGAAAAAAUAGAAAAAACAGAGGAAAAAAUUCCUCUUCCUAAAGAAGAAAAAGAACCUGAGAAGAGAGAAUCAAUGGUCAAGGAAGAAGAAAAAAUAGAAAAAUUAAAAGAACCAAGGGUCAAGGAAGAAGAACAACCAGAAAAAUUAGUAACUGAAGAAGUUGAGAAAGCAGAGGAAAUAAUAUCUGUUCCUAAAGAAGAGAAAGAACCAAUGGUCAAGGAAGUAGAAAAAAUAGAAAAACUAGUAACUGAAGAAGUUGAGAAAGCAGAGGAAAAAAUUCUUGUUCCAAAAGAAAAGAAAAAACCUGAGGAGAGAGAACAAAUGGCCAAGGAAGAAGAAAAAAUUGAAAAAUUAGUAAGUAAAGAAGUUGAGAAAGCAGAGGAAAAAAUUCUUGUUCCAAAAGAAAAGAAAAAACCUGAGGAGAGAGAACAAAUGGCCAAGGAAGAAGAAAAAAUUGAAAAAUUAGUAAGUAAAGAAGUUGAGAAAGCAGAGGAAAAAAUUCUUGUUCCAAAAGAAAAGAAAAAACCUGAGGAGAGAGAACAAAUGGCCAAGGAAGAAGAAAAAAUUGAAAAAUUAGUAAAGGAAAAAAUCCCUGUUCCAAAAGAAGAAAAAGAACCUGAGAGAAGGGAACUAUUUGUCAAGGAAGAAGAAAAAAUAGAAAAAUUAGUAACUGAAGAAGUUGAGAAAGCAGAGGAAGAAAUAUCUGUUCCUAAAGAAAAGAAAGAACUAAUGGCCAAAGAAGUAGACAAACCAAAAACAUUAAUAACUGAAGAAGUAGAAACAGCAGAAGAAAAAAUUCCUGUUCCUAAAGAAGAAAAAGAAUCUGAGGAGAAAGAACCAAGGGUCAAGGAAGAAGAAAAAAUGGAAAAAUUAAUAACUGAAGAAGUAGAAAAAGCAGAAGAAAAAUUUCCUAUUCCUAAAGAAAAAAAAGAACCUGAGGAGAAAGAACCAGUGGCAAAGGAAGCAGAAAAACUAAAAACAUUAAUAACUGAAGAAAUAGAAAAAGCAGAGGAAAAAAUUCCUGCUCCUAAAGAAGAAAAAGAACCUGAGGAGAGAGAACCAAUGGUCAAGGAAGAAGAAAGAAUAGAAAAAUUAGUAACUGAAGAAGUUGAGAAAGCAGAGAAAAAAAUUCAUUUUCUUAAAGAAGAAAAAGAACCUGAGAGGAGAGAACCAUUGGUCAAGGAAGAAGAAAAAACUGAAAAAUUGGUAACUGAAGAAAUAGAAAAGGUAGAAGAAAAAAUCCCUGUUCCAAAAGAAGAGAAAAAACAUGAAGAGAUAGAACCAAUUAUCAAGGAAGUAGAAAAAGCAGAGGAAAAAAUUCCUGUUCCUAAAGAAGAAAAAGAACCUGAGAGAAGGGAACUAUUGGUCAAGGAAGAAGAAAAAAUAGAAAAAUUAGUAACUGAAGAAGUAGAGAAAGUAAAGGAAAAAAUUCCUGUUCCAAAAGAAGAGAAGAAACCUGAGGAAAGAGAACCAAUGGUCAAGGAAGUAGAAAAAAUAGAAAAAUUAGUAAUUGAAGAAGUUGAGAAAACAGAAGAAAAAAUAUCUCUUUCUAAAGAAGAGAAAGAACCAAUGUCCAAGGAAGUAGAACAACCAAAAACAUUAAUAACUGAAGAAGUAGAACCAGCAGAGGUAAAAAUUCCUGUUGCAAAAGAAGAAAAAGAACCUGAGGAGAGAGAACUAAUUGUCACAGAAGUAGAAAAACCAGAAAAAUUAAUAGCUGAAGAAUUAGAAAAAGGAGAGGAAAAAAUUACUGUUCCUAAAGAAGAAAAAGAACCUGAGAGAAGAGAACCAUUGGUCAAGGAAGAAGAAAAAAUAGAAAAAUUAGUAACUGAAAAAGUAGAGAAAGUAGAGGAAAAAAUUCCUGUUCCUGAAAAAGAAAAAGAACUUGCGGAGAGAGAACCAGUUGUCAAGGAAGUAGAAAAACCAGAAAAAUUAAUAGCCGAUGAAAUAGAAGAAGCAGAAGAAAAACUUCUAUUUCUUGAAGAAAAAGAACCUGAGGAGAGAGAACCAAUGGUCAAGGAAGUAGAAAAAAUUGAAAAAUUAGUAACUGAAGAAGUUGAGAAAGCAGAGGAAAAAAUCCCUGUUCCAAAAGAAGAGAAAAAACCUGAAGAGAUAGAACCAAUUGUCAAGGAAGUAGAAAAACCAGAAAAAUUAAUAACUGAAGAAUUAGAAAAAGCAGAGGAAAAAAUUAUUGUUCCAAAAGAAGAAAAAGAACCUGAGGAGAAAGAACCAAUGUUCAAGGAGGUAGAAAAACCAGAAAAAUUAGUAAUUGAAGAAUUAGAAAAAGCAGAGGAAAAAAGUCCUGUUCCAAAAGAAGAAAAAGAACCUAAGAGAAGGGAACUAUUGGUCAAGGAAGAAGAAAAAAUAGAAAAAUUAGUAACUGAAGAAGUAGAGAAAGUAGAAGAAAAAACCCCUCUUCCAAAAGAAAAGAAAAAACCUGAGGAGAGAGAACAAAUGGUUAAGGAAGUAGAAAAACCAGAAAAAUUAAUAGCCAAAGAAAUAGAAGAACCAGAGCAAAAAGUUCCUUUUCUUAAAGAAAAAGAACCUGAGGAGAGAGAACCAAUGGUCAAGGAAGUAGAAAAAAUUGAAAAAUUAGUAACUGAAGAAGUUGAGAAAGCAGCGGAAAAAAUCCCUGUUCCAAAAGAAGAGAAAAAAACUGAAGAGAGAGAACCAAUGGUCAAGGAAGCAGAAAAACUGAAAACAUUAAUAACCAAAGAAGAAGAAAAAGCAGAGGAAAAAAUUCCUUUUCCUAUAGAAGAAAAAGAACCUGAGGAGAGAGAACCAAUGGUCAAGGAAGUAGAAAAAAUGGAAAAAUUAGUAACUGAAGAGGUUGAGAAAGCAGAGGAAAAAAUCCCUGUUCCAAAAGAAGAGAAAAAACCUGAAGAGAGAGAACCAAUGGUCAAGGAAGCAGAAAAACUGAAAACAUUAAUAACCAAAGAAGAAGAAAAAGCAGAAGAAAAAUUUCCUAUUCCUAAAGAAGAAAAAGAACCUGAGGAGAAAGAACCAGUGGCAAAGGAAGCAGAAAAAAUUGAAAAAUUAGUAGCUGAAGAAUUAGAAAAAGCAGAGGAAAAAAUUCCUGUUCCAAAAGAACCUGAGGAGAAAGAACCAAUGUUCAAAGAAGUAGAAGAACCAGAAAAAUUAAUGACUGAAGAAGUGGAGAAAAAAAUUACUGUUCCUGAAAAAGAAAAAGAACCCAAGGAGGGAGAACCAAUGGUCAAGAAGGUAGAAAAACUAGAAAAAUUAAUAACUGAAGAAAUAGAGAAACUAGAAGAUAAAAUUCCUAUUCCUGAAAAAGAGAAAGCAAGAGAGCUAAUGAUCAAAGAAGGAGAAGAAAUAGAGAAAGCAAAGGAAAAAGUACCUGUUCCUAAAGAAAAGAAAAAACAGGAAGAAAGAGAGCCAAUAGUCAAGGAAGUAGAGAAAUUAGAGAGAAAAGUACAUAUACCUAAAGAAGAAAAAGAACUUGAGGAAGUAGAAAAAGCCAAAUAUGUUGAGAAAGAAGAGAAAAAAGUACUUAUUUCUGAACAAGAGAAAGAACCUGAAGAAGUAGAAAGAGCCAAAGAAGUAAAGAAAGAAGAGGAAAAAGUACCAUUACCUAAAGAAGAGAAAGAAUCUGAAAAAGUAAAGAAAGCAGAGGAAAAAGAACCAUUACCUAAAGAAGAGAAAGAAUCUGAAAAAGUAAAGAAAGCAGAGGAAAAAGAACCUGAGGAAGUAGAAAAAGCCAAAGAAGUUGAGAAAGAAGAUGAAAAAUUAUUUGUACCUAAACAAGGGAAAGAACCUGAAGAAGCUGAGAAAGUAGAGACGAAAAUGCCAUUAGCUAAAAAAGAAAAAGAACCUGAAGAGGUAGAAAGAGCCAAAGAAGUUGAGAAGGAAGAGGAAAAAGUACUUGUACCUAUGGAAGAAUCUGAAGAGGUAGACAGAGUCAAAGAAGAUGAGAAAGAAGAAGAAAAAGUACUUGUACCUAAACAAGAGAAAGAACCCGAAGAAAUAAAAAUAUCCAAAGUAGAGAAAGAAGAGGAAAUAUUACUUGUACCUAAAGAAGAGAGAGAACUUGAAGAAGUAGAGAAAGCAGAGAAAAAAGUACUUGUAUGUAAAGAGAAAGAAGAACCUGAAGAAGUAGGGAAAGAAGAGGAAAAAGUUCUUGUACCUAAAGAAUGGAAAGAAGCUGAAGAGAGAGAGCCAAUGAUCAAGGAAAUAGUAAAACCAGAAAAAGUAUUAACUGUUAGUAAAGAAGAAAAGGACUUUGAAGAUGUAGAAAAAGCAGAGGAAAAAAUUCCAGUACCCAAAGAUGAAAAAGAACCUGAAGAAGUGAAAAGAGCCCAAGAAGUAGAAAAAAUACAGGAAAAAAAAUUUUUGACUAAAGAAGAGAAAGAACCUAAAGAAUUUGAAAUAACCAAAGAAGAAGAAAAAGUACUUGUACCUAAACAAGAGAAAGAACCCGAAGAAGUAAAAAUAGUCAAAGAAGUAGAGAAAGAAGUGGAAAAAUUACUUAUACCUAAAGAAGAGGAAGAACCUGAAGAAAUAGAAAAAGCCAAAGAAGUAGAGCAAGAAAAGGAAGAAGUACUUGUAUCUAAAAAAGAGAAAGACCCAAUGAUUGGGGAAAUGGAAAAACCAGAAGAUGUGGUAACUAUUAGUAAAGAAGAAAAAGACUUUGAAGAAGUAGAAAAAGCACAGGAAAAGGAACUUGAAAAAACAAUACAUAUUACCGAAGGUAAAUAUAAACCACAAGAAGUACAGCUUAUUGCUUCUGAAGAAAAGGAGUCUGAUAAAGAUAAAACAAGAGAAGUACAGCUUAUUGCUACUGAAGAAAAGGGGUAUGAAGAACUAGUAGAAAAGGUACCUAUAACAAAGAGAGACAUAACACCCAUAGCUAAGGAAGAAAAAGAAACCAAAGAAAAAUUAUCUACAACAGAAAAAAAAGAAAAAUCAGAAAAAGUAGAGCCUAUUGUUACUGAAGAUGAGGAGCUCAAAAAAGUAAUUAGUGUUUCUACAGAAAUAGAAGAACCUAAAGAAGAACCACCUGUUUCUAAGGGAAAGGAAGAAUCUGUAGAAGAGGUAUCUUUACUUAGGGAAGAACAAGACUUAACAAUUAGUGUUAAAGACAAAAAAGAACCUGGAGGAAGAACACUCUUAGCCGAAGAAGAAAUAUCUGAAGAAUUAAAACCUACUGGUAUUAAAGAGGAGAAGCCUGAAAAAGCAACAACUUUUACCAAAGAAAUAGAAAAACCUAUGGAAGAAAAAGAUGUAAUAACUAAGGAACAUGGAGUACCAGUAGAGAGUGUGUCUUUAGACAAAAAAGAAGAUAAACCAAAAGAAGUAGAACCUAUUUCAUUUGAAGACAAAGAGCCCGAACAAACAAUAACUGUGCCUAAAGAAGUACUAUCUAUUUGUAGAGAAAGUAGGGAAUCUAUGGAACAAGUAUCUGUAUCCAAAGAUGAAAAAGGUAUAACAAGCAUUACUAAGGCAGAAAAAGAAUGUGAAGAAACAAUAUCUAUAACAAAAGAAGAAAAAGUAGUAGAACCUGUUUCUAUAAAAGAGAAAGAUCCAAAAAAAGAAAUAUCUGUAACCAAAGAGGAAGUAGUAGAAUCUAUUUUUAUAGAAGAAAAGGAAUCUGAAAAAGAAAUACCUGUAACCAAAGAAGAAAUAGUAGAACCUAUUUCUAUAGAAGAGAAGAAAACCAAAAAAGAAAUAUCUGUAACCAAAGAGGAAAUAGCAGAACCUAUUUCUAUAGAAGAGGAGGAGACCAAAAAAGAAAUAUCUGUAACCAAAGAGGAAGUAGUAGAAUCUAUUUUUAUAGAAGAAAAGGAAUCUGAAAAAGAAAUACCUGUAACCAAAGAGGAAAUAGUAGAACCUAUUUCUAUAGAAGAGAAGAAAACCAAAAAAGAAAUAUCUGUAACCAAAGAAGUCACAGAACCUAUUUCUAUAGAAGAGGAGGAGACCAAAAAAGAGAUAUCUGUAACCAAAGAGGAAAUAGUAGAACCUAUUUCUAUAGAAGAGAAGGAGCCUGAAAAAACAAUAUUUGUAACCAAAGAAGUCACAGAACCUAUUUCUAUAGAAGAGGAGGAGCCAAGAAAAGCAAUAUCCAUAACUAAAGAUGUGGAAAAACCAAAAGUAGUACAACCUGUUUCUAAGGAACCAGAAAAAUCUUUAGAAAGAGAAUUUGUAGUCAAAGAAGGAAAAGAUGGUACAAGUAUUACUAAGGACCAAAAAGAAUCUGAAGAAAGAAUAUCCACAACCAAAGAAAAAGGAGUAGUAGAACCUAUUUCUGUUGAAGGAGAGGAGUCUGAAAAAGUAAUGUUUCUAACCAAAGAAUUACAACCUGGUUAUAAUGUAAUGGAAGAACCCACAGAAGGGGUAUCUAUACCCAAGGAAGAAUACUUAACACCUACUGCUAAGGACAAAAUAAAACCUGGAGAAAGUAUACGUGUUGCCAAAGAAGAAAUAUCUGAAGAAUUAAAACCUACUGGUACUGAAGAGAAGGAGCCUGAAAUUUUAACGAAACAAAUAAAACCAGAUGUUAUGAAAUCAAGUUUCCAUGAAGAAACAAUAAUUAAAUCUCCAGGACACUAUUCAAGUGAAGUUGGACAUCUGACAUCUGUUUGUCAUGUUAGAAAGGAGAGUUAUCAAACGGAUGGAAAAAUAUUACUGAAAGAAUCAAUUCAAGCUCUGGAACCUGAAAAGGAGAUUUGUGAAUCUGAUGAUCAGUUUGCUGGAUUAGAUGAAACAGAACAGUUUUCAGUGGUUUCUGAUAACGAAAAAUUAGGAUAUCGCAUACAACCACCAUCAGAUAAAGAUGCUUCUGAUGAGGAUCAAAAAAUUUCUUUUAAGAGUGAAAUAUGUGUGAGAACCAUUGUUGAAGGAAAGGAUGAAUAUGAGGGUGGUACUUCUCAGAAAAUGGAUUAUGUUUCAGAAGUAUGUACAAGUUCAACAAGCGAUCCUGUAGAAAUGAAAAAAAUAUCUAAAGAUGAUAAACUCUAUGAGCAUAAAGAAUUAUCUGCUAGUUCGUUGAGUGUUGGCAUGAUCAAACAAUAUGAUGAUUGCAUUGUCCAAGCACAGACACUCAAGAAAAUGGAACCUAGUACAGAACUUAUCACAGAUCCAAUGAAGUCCAUCAUCCCUUAUCCUGCCGAAACAUCUGAGCCGUAUACAUCAGAGAGGGAGCACUCCAUGACUGAAACUUUGGAUGCGAUUAGUGAUGACAUUCUACCAGAAGACAGCAUACCGUCCAUGUCUCUAGAGCAUUCUAGAACAGAUAGUUUGCUAGAACCUCUUAUAGAAUCAAUGCAUAAAAAGAGUGAAGAUCCUUCACAAGAAAAAGACUAUGCUAGUGAUGGAAUUAUUUGUCAUUCGACACCCACAGAAGACAUUCAGUUGCAGGUUGAAUCCAAAUCUAGAUCUGCAGUUGAAAAGGACGUUUCACUGCAUAGUGAAAUGACUUCUUCAGAAAGAGCAGACCAGAAUGGUCAUACAAUAACAAAGCUCCCUUUGGUAGCCUCUUCUUCACCAUAUCCCAUAGAAGACGUAAAAUCUUCUAAGGUACCUGAAAGAGUAGUUCCAGAGGUAUAUGAAACAGCUACAAAAGCCAAACCUUCAUCACAUAUUACUAGUGAUAAGUCUAAAGCAAUUUGUAAAGAAAAAUCAUCUGAUGCUAUUUUGGCUGAUGAUACACGUUUGAGUUUGAAAGAUGACCAAAGUUACAAAGUGGAAAAGGAAAGCAAUGAUUCCCUCAAACUCCAACAAAAAGUGUGCAUUCCUUCUAUGGACAAUGGUUCCACAGAAGAGAAAGAAUUCAAACAGGCAAGCCCGUUACAGGAUAAAUCUUCAACUGAAUCUGCUCUUCUAGCUAGUUCCAUGCAGGAAGGUAUAUCACACACUGAAACUACAACUAUCAUUCAUACACAGUCCCAUUCUGAAAUACCAAAAGAAGAAUUUACAUUAGAUUCUUGGGACAAACCAAUGGGUCUUCCAACUCCGCCCGAUCCAGUAGAAUUUGCUACUAGGAAUAGGACUGUGUCAAGAACAUCAGGUAAGAGUUCCACAACUGGCCAUAGCCCAAGAACAUCAACACCUAAGAAGAUUUUAGAAAAUGGAAGAAGAUCACCAAACGUGUCUUCCAAGACAGCUAAUUCUCCUAAAAAUGAAAAGGCGGUUGGUAUAGGAAAAUACAAACUAGAGAACAAUGAUGUUUUAUCUGAACCAGUGUUUUUAGACAUGGCUUACGUUCCAAACCAUGGUGAUCCACAGUACUGUGAUGUCGAUUUUUUUAAAAAAGUUCGAGCGCGUUAUUAUGUGUUUAGUGGUACAAAUCCGAGUAAGGAAGCAUUUAACGCCUUGCUAGAAGCUAAGCAGAGCUGGGACGAUAAGGAUGCAGAAGUAACUGUUAUUCCAACCUAUGAAACAGACACAUUAGGUUAUUGGAUGGCCCUCAACCAAGAUGUUCUGGCAGCAAACAAAAUUGAAGUAGCACCCUCCGCCAGCAGAUGUACCAUAAGUCUGCAAGAUCACGAUACUACAUGUGCAGCCUAUCGGCUAGAAUUUUAAACUUUUCCGAUACUCGUUGUGUUUGUUUAGUUCCUAAAAGACUAAAGAGGAGCCGUAAUAUUUGUUUCGUUCGCUUUGUAUUUGUAGGAGAAAAAAAUAGUAUUUUAUUUCUGUAACUUUUACGAUAUAUAUAUAUUUGUUUUUAUUCUUGGUUUGCUCUAAUACGAAAGUACUCAUAUACAAAUAGAUUAAUUAGAAAACAAAGGCAGCUCAAAAGCUUAUUCCAUAUUGUUAGUUAUAUAUGUUACAGCAGCAGUUUACUGUAUAUUAUUUUUCCUCUGGUUUUCACUAAGUAGGUAGGUAUACGUUAAGGGAUAGUAACAUAAUGUUGAGUUAGGUAUAUCUGCAGUACCAAAGAGAAAGAAUUACGUGACUUGAGAAUAUCAUUAAGACCGAAUUUUCGACUAUAAUUUACUAAAAACCUGAAAGCCAUGUAGAACUAUAGCUCUAAAGAGCUGAUGUUAUUAACUGGUGACAUUUUAAGAGACAUAAAAUCCAUCUGUAGACUUGGCUUUUCAUUACACAUGCAAAUAUCUAGAAAUGUGACACGUCACUGUUCAUCCUGUGCAUAUAAUAAGGAGUCACUAAAUAUGCAACAAGCUACUCGUACAUCUUUAUCGCUCUUUUGAACUUUUAAUAGAAGUCUCUUUCUUAGCGUCACUGUGAUCUUAUCAUAUAAAAUAAAUCCGUCAACAAAUAUGAAGACAUGUUAUCGUAAUGUAGCUCUACCUAUUGGCACUUUUUGACAUUUUUUCUUCUUCAGACAAUUCUCUCUCUGUAUAGUUAAAUUUCCGAGAUAUUUUGAAAAUACAGGUUUCUUGCCUUGUCACGUCCAUUAUAUUAAAGUAGAUAGAAAAGUGUAAAAUUAUCAAAACUACUAAUAUGUAUCUUUAUGUAUAGCUUAUAUCUUUCUUCUUCUUAUGUGGGUUACAAGCUAAGCGACACAGUCCAGGUAAAUAACCGGUUAGAAUAGAAGUAACUUUCAUAGAACCAAUGGCACUACAUUAAUACUCCGUUUUUUUAUUUGUGUUUCUUUCAUGAUGAAACCGUCUGGAAUCGAAUUUUUCUUUGAGGCGAAAGAGUUUUCAAAUUAUGACAGGCAAUUUGCUAAGUUCGUAGAACCUAAUGGUUAAGUAUUCUCCAAAGAACACUUAUUGUUUCGUUACAUUUCUGUCCAAUGCCAUUUGACCGCCAUAGCAAACGCAGAAUUGAGACUGAUUCUGAAUGUACGUGAAGAAAGUGUAAAAGUACUUUUGAUUGGUUUAUAUUUCGAAAUGAAAUAAGAUCAUAGGUUUCUUACCUGGGCUUCCUCCCGGAUUCUGAAUAUCAAAAACCUCUAAGUUCGUCCAGGCAGCGAAGAGCUCCUUGAGGGCAAUUUUAUAUUUAUUCUUGUAUAAAUUGUUGGCAUUUUAGGCUUUUAAUACGAAUAAAAUUGUGUUUUACUAAUUCUCUAACUGAGCUUGUUACAGAUUUAUUAGUCAUACACUUGUUUGUCAAUAUAUAUAUAUAAUUGUUAGUAUUUUUCGCCAGCCAUAUAUUUUAGUACUCUCGCCGUUUAUGUGUUUUUAGCAAGUUUGCCCUUUGUUCAAGAACUUAACAACUUAAUCGUGAAGCACUUAAUGAAAAGAGUUUUCCUAUUUCACAACUGAAUGCAGUUGCUGUAACCUUGUUUGUCAACGUGGUUGUGCAGGAGUAGUAAUAUUCAGCAUAUUGCUGGUUCACAAAACUUAUGAGAUAUUUAUUAUUAAAUAAGACACUCUCUUGACUCUCCACUUAGUAUAUCCUAUUUUUGAUUUGCCCUGAUCAUUUAAUUCCCAUUUUCUCUAUUAGAACUAAUCUAACCUCUUUGUUGUUAGACAUACUGAUAUUUACAUUCUGUCGUUGUUGUUGUUUGUUUGUUUUUUUAUCAUUCUUUCAGCACGGUGACAUGAUUUUUGAGAGAUAACGUGAUGUUACAGAUUUCUAAAGCUAGGAAAAGAAAUGUAACAAGUAUUCUAGUGUCUUUUGUAAAUAAUAGCUAAUGUAUAAUUUUCUUAAAGAAAUAUAGGGUUUAUUACGGAAAAGCAAAUUACAAAAUAGUAGUGUUUAGCACUACAGUAUUUACUAGAAAUUUAACUUUAGCUUUUCUUGGGUAAAUAGAUUAACUUGAUGUGUGUUAAUCGGUCAAACUCUAAUAUAUACUCUAGUGCCAUGAACUAGUCUUGCUCAACUGACGGUUUUUUAUAAUUUUCUUUAAAUAGAAAACCACAUUACUUGAAAUAUUAAAACCCUAGAAAGUCAGUUGUUGUUUUUUUAUUUCAGAGUCAUCUGAAAUCGCCUCUUAAUUGACAAUAUUCUUAGUUUUACUUCUACAAAAAAAAACUGUAUCAUGAGGAUAUUAUGUUUAUACGGAAUUUUCACAUACCUAUUUGUAUUCAUAAAGCUACCGUUUUCAAGUUUGUCUCUUUAUGGCUUAUUCGGAACUUAUUUUCUCAAGUUCAUUUUACUGCAUAAUUUUACUUUUAAUCAGAAAUUACGGUAUUUUAUAUUUAGCAGUAUAAUCGGAUUCUGCACGAAUAUUGAUCCAAAUUGAUGACAUACGGGAAGAAAGAAAUGUGCUUUUUCAAAAAGGGUUAUGGGCAACAAUAGCAAUGAAAGAAUUAGCCUUACGAUAUGAAAAAAAAACAUCAUGUUUGUCUUUGUUAACUACUUGAUCAAUCAGUUGAGAUCAUUUUUUUUCAGGUUUGCUUUUAGUUAUUUAAAUUUUUGUAACAAUUUAUGAGCAUCAGUUGAUCUGGAACAAAAAAAAAUCGGAUAUAAAUAUUUGUCUAUUUACAUUAAAACUUUAUAAUUCAUAACUAUAGAACAAUCAACUGAAUAUUAUAGUUCAAUAUCUAACAACCAAAACGGUGGUGUAUUAGAAACUUUUUGUGCUGCAAACAGUAAAUAUGGCUUCCUAACUUCCUUCUCGUUGUAUUUUCGGAUGAAAAUUA